AUGUCACAAGAAAAAAAACCUGUUGAUCCACUACAUUCGUUCAUCGCUGGUGCACUUGCCGGUGCCAUCGAGGCAUCCAUCACAUACCCAUUCGAAUUUGCCAAGACAAGAUUACAGUUAAUUGACAAAACUUCAACGGCAUCGAGGAAUCCUCUGGUUUUGAUAUAUAAUACAGCAAAAACCCAGGGUACUGGUGCCAUCUAUGUUGGUUGUCCGGCAUUUAUUGUAGGUAACACAGCCAAGGCAGGUAUUAGAUUCCUUGGGUUUGACACAAUUAAAAAUAUGCUAAGAGACCCAGUAACAGGUGAGUUAAGUGGUCCAAGAGGUGUUGUUGCAGGUUUGGGUGCAGGGUUGUUAGAAAGUGUUGUCGCUGUGACUCCUUUCGAAGCUAUUAAGACUGCAUUGAUUGAUGACAAACAAGCAUUGAAACCAAAAUAUCAAAAUAACGGUCGUGGAAUGCUGCGAAACUAUGGGUCUUUGGUUCGUGAUCAAGGUAUUAUGGGUCUAUAUCGUGGUGUUUUACCUGUAUCAAUGAGACAGGCAGCAAAUCAAGCUGUUAGAUUGGGUUGUUAUAAUAAAAUUAAGACUAUGGUACAAGAUUAUACCAAUGCACCUAAGGAUAGACCAUUAUCCUCAGGAUUAACGUUCAUUGUUGGUGCUUUUAGUGGGGUUGUUACCGUGUAUACCACCAUGCCUAUUGAUACGGUUAAGACAAGAAUGCAAAGUUUAGAUGCCACCAAGUAUACUUCUACAGUUAACUGUUUUGCUAAAAUUUUCAAAGAAGAAGGUUUGAAAACGUUUUGGAAAGGUGCAACUCCUAGAUUGGGGAGAUUAAUUUUAAGUGGGGGUAUUGUUUUCACUAUUUAUGAAAAUGUACUAGUAUUCUUAGGUUAA